UCCUCGCGAGAGACUUCGUGCUCAUGCUCGCUGCGGAGGUCGGAGGUCAGGGCGAGCGUCUCGGUGGCCGAAGAAGGAAGAUGGCGGUGGAAUCGCGCGUAACCCAGGAGGAAAUUAAGAAAGAGCCAGAGAAGCCAAUUGACCGCGAGAAGACAUGCCCGCUGCUGUUGCGAGUCUUCACCACCAAUAACGGCCGCCACCACCGAAUGGAUGAAUUCUCCCGCGGAAACGUACCCUCCAGCGAGCUGCAGAUCUAUACUUGGAUGGAUGCAACUUUGAAAGAACUAACUAGUUUAGUAAAAGAAGUCUACCCAGAAGCUAGAAAGAAGGGAACACACUUCAAUUUUGCAAUUGUUUUUAUGGAUCUUAAAAGACCUGGCUAUCGAGUUAAGGAGAUUGGCAGCACCAUGUCUGGCAGAAAGGGGACUGACGAUUCCAUGACCUUGCAGUCCCAGAAGUUCCAGAUAGGCGAUUAUUUGGACAUAGCCAUUACCCCUCCAAAUCGAGCACCGCCUCCUUCAGGGCGUAUGAGACCAUAUUAAAUUAUAUUUACUAUCUCUCAAAUUUAUUUUUCAGCCAGUUAUGUAAAAUAAACUUACAUACUCUUUCCUCCCCUGAUUUUUGCCAUUAAGCCUUUAAAUUCUAAACAAAUUGUAAUGCAUCUAUUUAGAAGUUAGAUUUGGAUACACUAUGGGUAUGGAUAUUAAUAGAAAGUCUGUAUGUUUCACGCCUCUGUAAAAUAUGAAGAAAAGUGCUCUUAGCAUUAUGUGUACAACUGUUAAAUAUAUAUGUACAAUCAGUCUGAAUGUGAAAGUCAAUGGAGGCAUGGGAAUAGGGUUUCAUCUCUUAUAUGAAGUUUAUACAAAGUAGUGCAGGCGGCUAUUCCCAAAGGUGAAGAUAAAAAUACUGAGAUUAUGAAAUUUAGCAUGAGUUUGGGCUGUAGACUAAGGUAUGCAGUUAGAAAAAUGACCUAUGACAAUGAGGCAGCAGAGGCUUUUUGGAAUGGUAUGAGCUUCAGCAAAUUGAAGGAAUUGUGUUGGAAGACAUGGCCUGCCUUGGUUUGGGUGCUAAAGAAUAGUGUUAUGGUGAGGAUUUAUAUGCUUUAAAAUGGAGGCUAGGACAUUGUGAAGGCAGGAGCCAAUAUCUUUAAGAUCUGAAAAACUGAGAAAGGGACAAAAAAAGAACCUCUUACACAUCCUGUGCUGGGGACUAGUGUAUGAUUUGAGAGGCAUUAUAACACAGUGAUUAAGACCAAUGUACAAAGCAUUUAAAUUCUGAUUGUACCAGUAGCUCUGCAACCUUAGAUGAAUUACUUGAAUCAAGUGGGGGGGGGGCGGCUGGUGGUGGUUUUUAAUGGAGACACUAGUCUAUAGGGUUAUGAAAGUUAAAAAAAAGACCUAAGAUAGUGCUUGGUGGAUUAGAAACAAUAAAUACUGGUUAUUAGCCAGAAAAAAGAACUUAGUUAAACUGGAAAAUUAUCUUAAUGCAUUGUUUCUCAUUUUGAAGUUUAUGAACUAGAUAACAAUGUGUAGAAAGCCUAGUUAUUUUUAGUCUGACAGUAGAAAAUUGAAAUCCCCAAAUGAUAAAAGUGCUAAAAAUGUGCAAGUAGUCUCAGUAAAGUGAGUUUUAUCUUGUGCAUACAAAAUAGUCAUUUAAAAUCUGAUUCUGUCAAAUUGGUGUCCCUGUUACAGUGAGUCCACAUUUUCAGAUGACUAGAUCUUAGUGGUUCUUUGCUGUAGCUUACUCCAAACCCUUAGCUUAUAUAUUCAUUCAGACUAGAUGGACUGAGUUACUCACCUCUUGGAGAAUAGCCAUGAGUAUCUUCCUGUUUGUGGGGCAUGAAAGGGGGGAUGAUUUACUAUUUAGAUCCAAAGGGUGGAAACCACAUUAAGGACUUUCAGAAGCCAAUUUUUUCAUAUGGUGUGAUCUCUUAUCUUACAAGGGCUCUCCUGUUAAUUCAUGUUAUUUUCCCACUAGUUUUAAAAUAAAGUGGUUUAGUUGGUUUGCCCAAUUCUAUUCUUUGUUGGUUCCAACAUGAAAUUUUUCCUUUAAAGAUUUCAGUCUUUUUGGGGCUAGGGAUGUGGCUCAAUGGUGGAGCACUUGCCUAGCAAGUGUGAGGCACUGGGUUCAAUCCUUAGCAUCACAUAAAAAUAAGUAAAUAAAGAUAUUGUGUCCAUCUACAACUAAAAAAUAUUUUUUAAAAAAUUCAGUUUUCUACCAAAAGCAUAAAGUUCAAGAAUAUGCAGUGAGUUUGUUAUUGGCUAUAUUAAGAAUCAAGGCUUAGCCCUUGUUUUCCUUUGACUUUGCUAAGAAGGUAUGGUUUUAAGUAGUAACUGAGCUAUUUUCUCAGAAAUAGAAGUGGUUACCAUUACAGCAUCUUUCUCAGUUCUUUAGUGUCUUUCCUAACUGCCGCAAUUGCUUAUAGGUUUUCAGAGUUGAAAUUUUUCCUUUAGAACGUGUGAAUUACAGUAUGCGACAUUGCCCAUGUCUUUUCAGUGUCUAAAACUGGAAUGGUUAUGCCCAUGCUCAUUGACUCAGGUAAUGUUUCAGAGAUCAGUUGUGUGUGCAUGCAUGUGCAUGUGAAGGGCAAGUAUGAGUGGGGGGAGAAAAAGUGAUUAAACUGUUUGGCCACCUUGAAAAAAUUUUAAACUCUUGUUAUUCUUUAAUAAAGAGCCAAACUCAGCCAA